AUGGACCUUCCGAUAUAUGAUGGAAAUAUCCAUCCAAAUGAAUGGUUAAAACAAGUACAAACAUAUUGUUUUCUAAAAAAAAUUACAAAAGAUGAAGAAAUCCUUAAAUUAGCAAUAAUGGUGAUUGAUUCUACAAUUAAAGUUCCCGAAAACAUAACUUCUUUGGAUGAACUAAUGAAUUCAUUAAAACAAGAUAUUUCACACUCAAUCUUUAAACUACAAAUGAAAAAAAAAUUAAAAUUAUUAAAUUACAUUCCCGAAGCACAAGGUGGUGAAACUUCAAAAUUUAUUAAUACAUUUCGUAGACUUUGCCGUGAUGCUGAAAUUAAUAAUAUACAAGAACAAAAGAAAUAUUUUUAUGAAUCACUUUCAAAUAAUUAUUAUCUUCAAUCUGAAUUAUAUAAGAAAAUGGAAAAUGUCAAUUCAACUAGUGAAUUAAUUGUUGAAUUUAGGAACGCUUUUAUUGAUGAAUCAAAUUUAAUUAGAAAUGGUUCUAUUGUAACUUUAAAACACGUUUCUACAGGAAAAUAUUUAAGUUCAACUCAAAAUUUAAAUUAUCAAACUGGAAGCGAGUCUCAAUUGGUUUUUGUUAAUGGUUUGCUUGAUUCUAAUGCUUUAUGGAAAAUCACAUUUACGAGCGGAAAAGAAUUAGCAUCAUAUACCGAUAUUACUAAUUACAUGUGCUUACAACACAAAAAUUCUGGAAUGACUUUUGGAAUUUAUAUACGUAGUAUAAAUGGUUAUAGAUUACAUGAUGAUUAUAAAUCUCCAGUAGCUUCGCACAUAGAAGGAUAUUUGAAAUCAAAUGAUACCAUUAACCUUAGUAUAAAUAAUUUUAAUAAUCAACCAGUAUUUUUGCGUAGUCAUGAUUUUCAAUUUACUAUUGGAAAUGAUUCUUUUCAAGAAGUUGUCUGUCAUAACGAAAGAUUAGGUGGCAAUGAUGAGUGGUGUAUUGAACUGUAUUAUUGA